AUGAAACGUUCCUACAACAGUCCUGCUUUCACGUCAGCGUUUGCUCAUCACCGUCAUCAUCGAGCAUCAUCAACGACGGCAACAGCAGCAGCUUUCUCUUCUGCGGCGUCGUCCCGAUUCUCUUUGCCUCGGCAAGGAGGUCGUACUGCCGAACAAAGGCAUGGGCGAUAUCAAGGACCAUAUCAAGGACCAUUGCGAACGCCCACUACCAGUAGGGGCAAUACGGCGCUUGGCAUGAUGAUGAUGUGGGAUUCGUCGUCAUCUGGACUUGUUUCCAGCAUGUAUUCGACAGUCGCCCCUGCAGCGGCGGCGGCAGCAUCAGCAGCAUCAGCAGCAGCAUCUUCCACAGCCAACCCAACAGCAACCACAUUGGCCACCGCCGCCACCAACAAUGGCGCUUCCACCACCAUGGUUGCUGGUGUGCUCGACUCGUUUCAAUCAGUGGUGGUGAGUCCUGGCGGCAUUGCAACUUCUGUGGUCGGAUUGGUCUCCCUGAUUGUCUACUUGAAAUAUCAAGGCGCCAUUCGACGACGUCUCAAGCAGAUCAAUCAAGAAUCGUGGCUGUUUGGAGCUGGCGUGACCAUGGUCCGUGGAGAACCGAACCAAGGUACCAAUCUCUUUCCCAAUCUGCAACUGCUACAAAUUAAUCCAUCCUUUCAAGAGGCUCAUCCCGACUGGAAGCUUGUGGGUUUGGGUGAUUACCUUGCGACUCUCCGUCCCAAACAGCUUCCCAAGGGAUUCACUGCCAAACAAAUACCCAAGCUGUUGCAACGCGAAUUGGAGGCUGGUCUUGCUUCUGGAUUGCUAAAAGCGUUGGGUCCGAAUUUGGGCCGUGCCCUCUUGCCGGCAGUUGGGGUCGGUCCGAUUCAAGGACAGGCACAGAAAUUGGGAUCCAAAUUGGCCACGCGAUGGAUCAUGUCCAAACAAGCUGCCUCCAAUACCCUGGGAGACGACGAAGAUCGAGCCGGACUUCCCAUUUCAAUGUUGAGUGUCUUAUCAUUGUCGGAAAUCAAUGCCAAACUCAACAGUGGUACCAAGACUACCACCAACAGCAACAAGGGCGCAGAGGAGGAAACCAACGACGAGAACGACGCUCCAUCAUCGUUGGAUGACAAGUUACCAGGAUCCAACUUGUCUGCCAUGCAAAAAAUGAAAAAUGGUGAAAAUGUCAAUGGUCCCGCCUUUGAUACUGACAUUCUUCCAAACUCUGGCUUUGUCCUAGAUCAAGACUUUCAUAGCACCAUUCGGAAUAUGGAAAAGACGAUGGUAGAUCAAGGACAUUGUGCGGAUCAUUCCCCGACUGAACUACAGACGGCGCAAGCUGAACUCGAAGAAGACAACAAGUACGAGAUGGAUGCCAAAACGACCAAGGAUUCUAAUGAUGACACCAAGAACAAGGCGUAUGAUCCAAACGAUCGUAGCAUGGGAGAACCAGUUCCCAUCAACCCGCGUCUCUUUCCCGGUUUGCAUUUGGGGCAUGGUGACGCUCUCUGUUCACAUACCAAACGACAAGCCUUGCAGAUGCGAUUGGUUGCCGUCUUGUUGAAUCGAUUGGCCGCCAACUAUCAUCGAUUGGCCAAUCCGGAUGACGCCAACAAUGAGCCUCUACUCUUUACGAUGCAAUUGAGCAAGGACGGGCCCGUGAUAUCCAAGCCGACUGAACUAGUGCAAGGCUUGAUCGAUAUGGGACAAGAGAUUACAGUUGUAUCGACAUCUCGUAUUACGUCCUUUGGAUUGGGUAUGUGUCUCAAGGAAUCGGACGGCUCGUGGUCCAACAUUCCACUCGGAGUCUUUCUAGAAAGCGGAUACGAAGAUAGGGAUGGCAACAUGGCACCAGUCAUGAUGCCACAUUCGGGAUUGCGUCUUAUCAUUGGUGACGGACCCCUCACUAGGAAUCAAGAGCAAGAAUAUGACGAUUACGAUCGAAGUGCCGUCUCCAACCCUUUGAUUGUUCAACACUUCAUUGGUAUUGAAGGAUUCUGUGGGUGGAAAUCGGAUCAGAAUGCAGAGGUUCCCUAUAAUGAAAACGUAGAGUCGGGCCGACCCCUAAAGGAUGCUUCUGAGAUUAUUCGAGCAGUGCGACUAUCGGCGUUAUAUGCCAACGUUUUGAAUGGUUUGGCAACCGAACUCGCACUUCCGUUUGGAGGAUAUGGGGUCACUGCGGUGUGUAACGAUUCGGCAGCCAUCAUCCAGCAAUGCAUCUACGGCGAGUCCUAUAUUUUCCCACUGACUUCGAUUGGCCGAUACAUGCAACGGACCUUGAGAUACAGUCAAAGCAUGGAUCGCAAACUACAGUCGGUCCCUGACAUGGAAGCCGAGUUAGAAGAUCUGGAUGCCCUCAUGGAAGGAAUGAUGGCACUGCCAUCAGACAUCAACUCUACACCAGCCAAUGCAGCAGAUGCUGCUCGCCGUCUUCUCAAGACCUUGCAACCACAACUCCCACUGACGCUCUUGAAAGACUCAAAGAAUGUUAUGGAGGAUGUUUUGCAAGAGCACAAAGAACACAAAAGCCAAGCCAACAGGCAAGCCAACAGGCAAGCCAACGAGGAAAGUGUCAUUACGACACCUCAUCUAUGA